UAUGGCCAGUGAAACGAAGGAAGGAAACUCACUCGAAGUGACAGCAAACGUUCGUUUCAGAUCCUAUUGUCAUUUUCUAUAUAUAAACGUUGGGCAGAGGCUCCGCUAUUCAGAAAUCUCCUCUGAUCAAAAUUAUAUUUAUCCUUUGUUGAGUAAUCAAAAUGAAGAAUAAUAGUGCUGCUCUUUUUCUGAAGCAUAUCAUCUCUGUGUUAGGUUCUCUAGCAAAAUCCAAAUCAAUGUCUCUCAGAAACAAAACUAAUGCUAUGAAAGCUCGAUUCACCGUGUACUCAUUGUUGAAGAACAGAAAGCUUUCUUUGGGUGCAAUCCGCCACAAGAUUCAUGCAUUGCUUGGGAACGAUGCCCAUCAUGAAGAAGACGAAAAGAAUAAGGCAAUUGUAGUCUACAAUGCCGAAACCAGUGAGUUACCUUCUACUUCAGGUCAAAUUUACCUUACUGACUAUGAAUAUGAUCGUGAAGAAGGUGAUGAUGAUGAUAAGUAUCCCGACUUAAGACACUCACUUUUCAAUGAGGAUGAUAUGGAUUUAGGCGAUCCAAAUGCGUCUGCCAUUGAUUUGGUGAAGAAUUCCAAGGAGGAUUCAGAGAACUUCAACCUUGAAGAUGAGAUUGAUCAAGUAGCAGAUUUGUUCAUAUUGAAGUUUCAUAAAAAGAUGCGAUUGCAGAAGCUGGAGUCUUUCAAGAGGUAUCAAGAAAUGCUAGAGAGAAGCACUUAGCAGUUCUUCUUUGUGGUCGAGCAAUGUGUUGUUUAAUUUUUUAUUUGUUAAUAACUGGGUCGAACCGUUGAACCAUGCAUGGAACCAGAAUCUGUAUCAUCUUCUUAUUUAAUAAUCAUAGGAUAAUCUUGUACACCACACCGGUGGCAUGAACUGAAUGUUAAACGGUUCAAAGAAGUUAAAAUUUUGUUCUUUGUAAUUUAG